UGACGUGUCCGGCUACGUCAGAGGUCAAAGUUGACGUGACGUCAGAGUCGGGCUCGUGGUUGGAAGCUUCGCGGGAAAACGUCUCAAAACAAAUCGGUUCCGAUGGUCGCGAGCUGAACUUUAACCUCCGGUACCGUGAACGCAGCUGUGUGACGUCACUGUCGGCAACGGACCAGUCUGUUGAACCAUUAGCUCCUCUGUUAGCUCCGGGCUAACGCUAAUCGGUUAGCUUAGCACUGAGCUGCUCCGGACAGUGGAGCGGGGAACUCACGGUGAACAGUCCCGGAUAAAGAGUCGUUGACCGGGGAGAGAGAUGGCGGAGAGACCGGAAGACCUGAACCUUCCUAACGCGGUGAUCACCCGCAUCAUCAAGGAGGCGCUCCCAGAUGGAGUGAACGUGUCCAAAGAAGCAAGAAGAGCCAUCUCUCAAGCUGCCAGUGUGUUUGUGUUGUACGCAACCUCCUGUGCAAAUAAUUUUGCGAUGAAAGCCAAAAGAAAGACUCUGAAUGCAGGAGACGUGUUGUCUGCGAUGGAGGAAAUGGAGUUUGAACGAUUCCUGGAGCCUCUCAAAGAAUCUUUGGAAGUGUAUAAGAAGGGCCAGAAAGGAAAGAAGGAGGUGUCGGAGCAGAAGCGCAAAGAUAAAGAGAAGAAGGCCGACUCUGAGAACGACAAGAGCAGGGAGGAGGAAGAGGAGGAGGAGGAGGAAGAGCGAAUGGAGGAGGAGCCUGAAGCCGAGAAUGAAGCGGAGGAGGAGGAGGAGGUGGAGAAUUGAGGAGGUGUCGGCACAGAGCUCUGGUGACAUGAACGAUGACAUACACCCCCCCGCACUGGACGAGGUCGAGUGGUGCCUGUUCAUCAUCGCAUCAACGUAACAGUAACAUCAGGUUACUAAGAGGAGGAGUUACAGAGUCUUCCACACACACACACACACACUCACACACACACACACACUCACACACACACAUGCACUUCACUUUUGUCUGGGUCCAUUUUGUAUUAAAUUUUUUUACAGUAACAUUUUGAUAUUUACACAGUUUGAUUUCUUCAGUAACAGAAUCUUUUAUUCACACCUGGCAUUAGAAUACUUCAUCAGUAAUCAGAUUACAAUCAGUUAGCGCUCCAGCUCAUGACAGUAAACGUGUAAACGCACCAAAGAAACAUUGAGGACAGGUUGAGAUCUGAUUGGCUGAAGCCCUGUCGAGGUGUUCAGGGUCUUAUUGUGACCACACUCUAAAUAUGAGUGUACGUGUUGUGCUGCUGAUCCGUGUACAACAACUACACGUGUGUAAAUAAUAAUCACACAAGUGUUCCAGGUCAGCGAGUACCAGCAGCUGUUAAACAGCGUUACUGAUGCACAACAUCUGCAGCUCUUCUUUUGUUGUUAAGGUGGAGCCGCACUAACGACGACUGGAUAGAUCUGGAAAUGAAACGUGUUUUGACUCCAGGUGGAGUCAAAGUAGAUCCGUGUCAUUGAACCAACACACUCAGUAGAACUCACCCAUCUCAACAAGCUGCACGGAAUCACACACUCAUAAAUAUCCAACCUUUAAAUGUGAAGAAGAUCUGAAGAUCAAUUAGUUUGCAUGUUGUACUGUUAACAAACACACAUGAAGAAAUAAGCUCAUCAUGUUCGAGCAGCAUUUAAACUUCCUGUGACGCCGUCAGUCUGAGAAACAUCAACACAUUUUCCUCCCGAACUUGAUUCAUUUUACAAACAAGUCAAAGUUUGAAAGUGAAGUCAUUUAAAUAAAUGAAGCUGAACAAGAACUUAAAAUUCAGAUCGGCCGCAAACAUCUGAGCGUUUGAAACAAAAUCAUUUUCUAGUUUCAAAUUUACAACCAUGUUUUUAUUUUUUCACACAUCCUGAGAAAGUGAACGUUAGUAUUUGUCAGAUUCAGUCGGUUCCUCACGUUAAAUAAAAGGCUCGGACUGUGGACGACGUCACACUCGGAGCCAGUAGCUGCACUGCUCUGUGUUUUUAGGACGUUUUGUUUUGUUAUUUUUCUGCAGUUUUUGAAACGUUUGUACUUUUGUAGAAAAUUUACUGACUCGGAUUUCAAUAAAUAUUUUGUAUAAAACUGAA